CCGCCGCCGCUCAGUCCGCGCUCGCCCGCACACCGCAGCGCACGAUAUGCGCCAUUCCGCGCUUUAGUUUUAGUGAACACGGACGAAACAUAAACGGGCCAGGAUGCCGCUGCAGCUGCGGCGCUGCGCGUCGUUCGUGCGGGGCAACCUGCUGACGAUGCUGACGGUGCUGGGCGUGGCUUCGGGCACGCUGCUGGGCUGGAGCCUGCGCGCGACCGGCGCCCAGUGGUCCCGCCGCGAGGUCAUGUACUUCCAGUACCCCGGCGAGCUGUUCCUGCGCAUGCUCAAGUGCCUCAUCGUCCCGCUGCUGGUGUCCUCCAUCGUGUCCGCCAUCGGCUCCCUGGACCUGAGCCUGUCGGGGCGCGUGGGGCUGCGGGCCAUCGUGUACUACAUGACGACGACGGUGUGCGCGGUGAUGCUCGGCAUCGCGCUGGUCACCACCAUCAAGCCGGGCAACGACCCCGGCGCCUUCUCCGCGCCCAACGCCACCAGGAAGCUCGUCACCAAGGAAACGCUCACCUCCGAUACGCUGCUCGAUCUCAUAAGAAACGUGUUCCCGGAGAACAUCGCGCAGGCGACCAUCGCGACGUACCGCACGCGCCUCGUCUACGACCCGAACGACCCCAGACAGGUCCAAGGUCACAUAGAGACGUACGAGAUCAAGGGUGAUUACCAGAGCGGCACGAACGUGCUGGGGUUGGUGUGCUUCAGCAUCUUGCUGGGCAUCACGCUGGGCAAGAUGGGCGAGCGCAGCCGCCCGCUGCAGGCCUUCUUCCACACGCUCUCGGAGGCCAUGAUGAUCAUCACCGGCUGGGUUAUAUGGCUGUCCCCUCUCGGCGUAUUUUUCCUGGUGACAGCGAAGAUCAUGGAGAUCGAGUCGUUCGGCGAGCUGGUGGGCCGGCUGGGCAUGUACUUCAUGACGGUGCUGCUGGGGCUGUUCCUGCACGGGUUCGGCACGCUGUCCAUCCUGUUCGUGCUUGCCACCAAGAAACUGCCGUGCCGCUACAUCGCCAAGAUGGGGCAGGUCAUGGCCACCGCGUUCGGGACUGCCUCUAGCUCAGCGACAAUGCCGAUAACGAUCGGGUGUUGCGACGAGAUGGGCCUGGAUCCGCGCAUCACGCGCUUCGUGAUCCCGAUCGGCGCCACCAUCAACAUGGACGGCACGGCGCUGUACGAGGCCGUCGCCGCCAUCUUCAUCGCGCAGCUGCGCAAGGUCGACAUGUCCUUCGGCAAGAUCGUCGCCGUCAGCGUGACGGCGACGGCGGCGAGCAUCGGCGCGGCGGGCAUCCCGCAGGCGGGGCUGGUCACCAUGGUGAUGGUGCUGGACACCGUCAACCUGCCCGCCGAGGACGUCUCCAUUAUCCUCGCCGUCGACUGGCUGCUCGACCGCUUCCGCACGACGAUCAACGUGGUGUGCGACGCGCUGGGCGCCAUCAUCGUGACGUCACUGUCGCAGGGCGACAUCGACAAGUCGCGCGCCGCGCCCACCGCCGCCGACCGCGACGCCGCGCCCGCCACCGAGCUCGCCGAACUCGAGAAGGGCGACCGCUAGGCCGUGACACGACAUACGGCAGAUUUCAUAACGCGAUGUCGCGUUGGCGGUGGAAAAUACUGACAACGCGACGUCGCGUAUAAUUGUAGUACCCGUUGGUAAGAGAGGAAUUGACACAGCAUUAUUAAUCUACACGCGAUAAUUGAUCGUAUAUAAACUUAAUUUGUUUCAAUUCCUUUAUGCAAACGAGUACGGUGUUAAAAUGUGCUGCCUCACGCCCCGCGGCCGAGCCUACAUUCCGCCUGUAGGCGGCAAUUCGUGAGCGCAAAUCGCAACGAACACUCGUGCCGGAACCUCGAAAGACAGUGUUAGUUAAGUAUUUAUUCUUGUAUUCGUUUAGAUGUGUGUGUGGACGUGGGAGCAUUUUGAGAUUCAAAAUUAACGACAAUUUGCCACCGAAAAAUUAUAGUUUGUGUGACGUAAUAUAGUAAUGUGGAAUUGAGUGAAACG